CACCAACCUGAGACCUCACCUAUUUCCAAGCGUCAAUUACGAACCAGUAGCCGUACUUUAGCGAAUCUUUUCGAAUCUCCGGAUUUUUGAUUCCCCUAGCUUAUCCAUUUGCAUAAUUGCAGUGUUCUUUCUUUUCUGUUUAUUCGUCGUUAGAUUCAUUUCUGCUUGGGUUCCAGUGGCAUUUCAAGCCCUUGAAAAUUUCUGGUUCCGGCGGAUGAUCGAGGUUACAUGGUUUGAAAAACAAUAUGAAGAUCAAGGAUUUCUAAAAGAGCACUUUUUAUAAAAGAGGAAAUAGAUUCAGAAUUCAGAUAAGUCUAGCAAUUUGAACUUUCUAGUCAAACAUGAAGUUCUUAGAAUACACUCCUCUAGACAGCAUAAAUGAUUUCCUAAGUCAUGUAAAUCUUGGGGAAUGUACCAUCAAAGGGAAGCUUGAAGCUUACUCAUGUAAACACAUAGGGGUAGAUAGGAAGCUGUCUUUCAGUUUGGAGCAGGAGUUUCUAGAUUAUCUUGGAAAAUCUUCAGACAGCGACUCCCCUUCUUCUGUUGAAUUUUUGUCUAGUAGAUCAAGCCGAAAGACAAUGAUAUAUCUGAUUCUUACACUCAGUCACAUGUAUCCAGAUUAUGAUUUCAGUGCGGUGCAUGCUCAUCAAUUCUUUCGAGAGGAAAGAUGGGACAGUUUCAGGCUGAUAUUUGACACCUACAUGUUUGAAGCAGCAAAGGAAUGGAUAGAGGUUAAUGGGGGCAGCCCCCUAUUGGAGAGCUUAUACAAAGCUAUCGAUGAGGUCGUAAAGUUAGCAGAAUGUGAGAUUUACAGUUACAACCCAGACUCUGAUGGAGACCCUUUCUUAGAGAGAGGAGCCAUAUGGUCAUUCAAUUUCUUCUUUUAUAAUAGAAAGCUGAAGCGUGUAGUGAGUUUCCGUUGCUGCUGCUUAAGCAAGCUGGCAGCAGAAGGUUUUCUCACAGAUGAGUUAUGCGAUGAGGAAGAUGGUGAUAUAUUUGAUGACAUGGACAUCUGAUAGAUCUUUGCACAGAUAUGUAUAUAAACUGAUGUCCUUACAUCUUGCUGUUGUGUAAAUAGUUAAGAUACGCUCUGGGUUGACUCUGGUAGGUCACACUUCUCAAUCUUACCUCAAGAUUGAGAUGAUACAAUUGAUGCCAUGAACGGGGCAUGUAUUGUUUUCACGCUGACCCAUAGUAGUUGUUUAGGUUUAAGCCCUUUGGGGUGUGCCAUAUUCUUUUUUUUCGUCUGAUAUUGUUUGGAGAACCUCGAGGUUGUUUGUUUAGAAUAUUUCUGCUGAAAGCUGGAAUUAACCCA